UGCUGUGUAGAAAGCCAAAGAUAUCAAUUUCUAAUUUCCAACUUUAAGAUGGAGCAACUACUUUCCCGUCGACGUCGAUUCCGGCUCAAAAGUGCCAAGAGGGGUCUCUGUAAGUUCACACCGAAUUUCAAGUACAAAUCCUUGGUAGCCGUGGGACGUCAGAUUAUAGAUCGUUUGACUUGCGUCCUGCCUUCUUCGCAUUUCUAUAAGAACUCCUUGCGCUUCUACAAGCGCUGCACCAAACCAGAUCGCCAGGAGUUCCAGCGCAUUAGUUCCGCCAUUGGUGUGGGAUUCCUCCUCAUGGGUCUGCUUGGAUUUGCGGUCAAGCUGAUGCACAUACCCAUCGUUACUAUUAUCAUGGACUAAGCCAAAAAGUUCGAGCUGAAAUAAAGAUUAAAUUCA